AUAUUUAUAAGAUUUAUGUAUGAUGAUUUCCAGAUAUUUAGACCAUUUCCAGUUAUAUCGAGCAAGGCCACGUUAACAUCCUAUUGUUUUCUCUUUGCAGGCAAAAGUGGGAAGGAUGGGGAGGAGAAGAAAGAGGGCGGAGAGUGGGAACAGUACAAUGCGGGCGCGGCGUUCCUGGGUCCGACACUCUGGGAUAAGACCUUGUCCUACGACUCCGAUCUCAAGGUCUCCCUGGAGUACAUGGACUUGGACGAGUUCCUGAAUGAGAACGGGAUCCCUCUGGACGAGGGCGGCAAGCGCGCCUCGUCCGCCUCGACCGGGGGCAGCAAUACCAAUUCCACAACGAGCGGCACGGGCAGCAGCCUUACCCUAGGGUCUGUGCUGUCUCCCGAGGCGCCCUCGUCACCCGAUUCCCCUCAGCGCGUGGGGUCUGGCAUGGGCGUAGCCGGAGGGCCACAGACCCCCGCGCCCAUGGGUCAGAGUGCUGCCCCCAUCACUGUUCUGCCUCCCGCCCUCUCGCCGCAGGACUGCACUCUAGAGGGCUACCCGUCCUCGCCAGAGUCCUCGGUCUCCCUCGAUCCCCACGACCCCCUUCAGGUCCAUGAACCAGGUAAGCUUGACCCGAAUCUAUCAUCCUUGACCCUUGAUACAACUUACCCCUUCUCUGUGACCCUCGGCGAUCCGCGCUGCCUGCAAUCCUUCCCCUCUCCCUGUGUCCUUUCAGCCCCAUUGGCUCGUUAGUGAUGUCGACCUUCGGGCCGGUCUCUCAGUAACCCAUCCUGUAAUCCUCAAACAUGUAAUACACCGCUU